AGCUCAGGCAGCCCAGCUGCAGCUGUGGAGCCCCUGCUCCUGUUUAACAUUCUACUUGCUCCACUGAUGUUGUGCUUGGCUCCUAUGGGAUUGCAACUCACGGCUUGAAACCGGAGCCAAUUUUCUGUCUUAAUCUCAGUGUUUUGACUGGAGGCAGAUCCAGUUCAGCCCAAUCGGGGCUGAUGGAAACAACUACCUAAGAGUCUCGCUCUGUUUCGCUUGGGGAGGGAAAGAAGAAGGGGGGAGGAGAGAAAGCCAACCAGCCACGCACAAGGCACACGCAUACAAUGUCGUUGCCGAGGUCGCUGUGUUUUUGCAAAUGAGACCGGCAGAGUAUGUGGAGCGAAUAAAGUGAUCCUCUUGCAAUCUGGGAGCAACGGCCGGAUCGGUUGGUUUGGAUUUACUGUUUUUUCAGCAUGGGAGAGGAAAAAACGAACUGAACAGAGUCGAAAGCAGAGGAAGGAAUGCGGGUGGGAACAGAAGAGUAAAAAGGUUUGCCUUUAUCUGGGGAAAGGUUGCGCCGCUAAGCGUACUUACCUGGAAGUCGGAGGCGCAGCGAUGACUCUGGUGCUGCCCCUGAGCAGCUUCUGCGAGCCCAUUGUCUCCUCCGAAGGAGCCGCCGAGUACCCUCCGCUGUGGGAGUCGCGCUGCUGCAGCAAGAGCAGCCCCGCCUCGGAUGCAGCCGUCGCCACCGGCAGCUGCAGCAGUAGCAAUCAGGGCCAGGCGCUGCAAGCUCCGGGCGACGGUAGGGCGGCAGCAGGGCAGCCUCCGGAGCCGGGAUCACACCACAGAGGAAUUUCAAAUCCUAUAGCAACAUCCAAGAUCACAUACUUUAAGAGGAAAUAUGUAGAAGAGGAGGACUUUCAUCCACCACUCACCAGCUGUACACCCAAAACAAUCUCUGUCUUUGAGGAGCGGGCACAUAUCCUUUACAUGUCUUUGGAAAAACUAAAGUACAUUGAUGACCCUGAAGUGUACCUAAGACGGUCAGUUCUCAUAAACAAUUUAAUGAAGAGAAUUCAUGGAGAAAUUAUCAUGCAAAACAACUGGUGUUUCCCCACUUGCUCUUUUGGUAGCACCUCAGCCCAAGAAUGGUUCAUGUCUCAUGACUGUCCUUAUAGAAAACGUCUUCGGAUGUCAAGGGAGGACUGUGAAAAGAUCCAUACCUGCUGCUUUUAUCAAGAAUGUGGCAGCCACUAUUUAAGUUUACCAUUAUCUACAAAUUCUGCAGUGGUAAAUUCCUCUUCCUCCCCCUCUUCCUCCUCUUCUUCUAUAUCGUUGCCAAGCUGUUCUCAUCAAGUGGAAUAUAGUGUCAGCAGUGCUCCUGUUUACCGGAGUGACGAUCAUAUACAGGCCAAUGACAUUUUCAUUACUAGUGCCGGGCCACAUGGGAAGGCAGUGUUAACCAAUGAGAAAGGAAGUCAUGAACUGGAACGAGAACUGGCAACAGAUUGGGAACCAAUGAAAAGCGAUCACAACCCUGACUGUAAAAGUAAAUAUUAUGAUUAUUUUGAGACAGGGCGUGGUGACAAGAGCAACAUGAAUGAAACUUGGAAGAAAUCCUUACGGAAAAGGGAAUGCUUACCAGGUGGCAAAAUAUGUUGCAGUAAAGGAAGUAAAAUAUGAAGCACCUUUCCAGUGAGUGCACUUCUGAAGCAUGCACAAAAUAUCCAGUUUAUCAAACACUGUUUCAUUCCAGAUGGAUUUUCUUACAGUUUUAUACUACCAAUACAGUCAUGUUUUGUGGAUAGUUUAUAACAAAUAGGGAGCAGACUACAUCAAAGAGAAUGUAUGGUCUGCAUCACAGAGCUAUUUAUAAAUAUAAGGAGUCUUCAUCAAGAGCACAGUUGAAUUGCAAUGUAUGAAUAUAUUGUAGCUUUUGUUGCUGAAAGAACCAAUCAACCAGACGAAGGAAACAUGACCCUUCCCCAAAGGAGGCUGACAAGAAUUAAGAAAAACCUCCUUUAUGCUUAUCAGUGGAUUAUGCAUUUGAUAAACAAAUUGUUCCCAGCAAGAGAGGUGGUGAUGGUGGCGGGGGGGGGGGGGGGGGGGGGGUCUGUGUCUUUCCCUCCAAUAAUUGCUGUUAAUAAGACUGGAUGUCAUUGAAGAAGAAAAAGCCUAUGUUAUAUGCUAGCAUCAAAACUACUCCAACUAUUAAAUGUCUGGUUCAGUUGGCCAAGUAGGGUGCAAUAAUCUUUGUAUGGAACUGUAAUCAGAGAUACCAUGUGCAGCUCCAGCACACGGACAGUUUUUUCAGCAACGUUGUAAGAAUGAACAAGCCUCAUGGUAGUUUAUUGCUAUACAGGGCGGAGUUUCUUUGGUGCCUUACUUUUUAUCUUAAAUUUUCCAGGGUGAAAAUUAAGUUUAAAAAAACAGUACAGCAGGGAUGUAACCUAAACAGGAAAAAUAAUAACAGGGUGGUUCAAAUAUUAGAAACCUGUAUCCUUUGAAAUACUGAGUUUGAUUUCUUAUUCAAAUGCUUCUAUUCUUCCUUUUUGCUCAAUUGCUUUUUGAUUUGCCAUCCUUUAGAAGGGAUUGAAGAAGAAACAAUAGAGAGAUGUCUCUUGUAAACAAGCAUUAGCUCCUUGAAUAUUUCUAUGGCAACUGUCUGUUGCUGUGAUUUUUCCUUCUUUCUGGUAUAAUGAAGCUCAUGAACCAAUGGCAUGCUUUAUACUUUAUUCUAUUUCACAUCAUUUCUCUCUUUAAAAUUGUAAAGAGCAUGUACUGGAGUUUCAUAUAAUGUUAGGGUUCUUUAAUUUUGGGGAAAAAGCACAAUGUUAAUAAAUGAUGUGGUGAUAAGAUUUUUAUCUGAAAUGAAUGUAAAGAUUUUCAUGUUUUUAAAAAGAUUAUCUUGGAGAAACAGGGGGCAUAAUUGUCACUUGUCAGAAACAAAAUUUGGUAGGUUUCAAGUGACUUCAUUUGAACAUGACCAUUCAAGCAUAGGUCAUCUAAAAGUGAAACACUCUCAACAGCAAAAAGAGGGUUCAGCACAUGGCCUUAUUUUUUGUUCAGGACAAAUUAAGAAUUUCCUCUUACCUGGAACUCAACUGUGCUGUGGCCACCACAGUCCCACAAGUUAACAGAGCACAGUAGAGCACAGUAAAUUUUUUGCUGUUGAUUUUCAAAUUCUAUCUGUCCCCUUGGUAUUUUUUUUUUGCAGUUGACACAUGAAUUCCUCAAAUAUAGUAGCCUUCAAAUUCCAUUUCUCACCAGCAAGUUAUUCUUCCUCUGUAGGUAUGCUUCUGCAUGGGCAUUUCCACAUGCCCCAACUUUAUUAGCAAUCUUCCACAGACAGCAUAGACACCUCUCCCACUCAAAGUUGUCUUAUAUUGUAUCAAACAGUCUACCAAGAUCAGUAUUUUCUCCUUUGACUGGCAGCUGGAUCCCAGGUAGAGGCCUUUUCUAUCAAUUACCACCUGAUAUUUUUAGUUGGAGAUGCAGGAGACUGAAGCUGGGACUUACUGCACACUAAGCAGAUGCUCUACCACUGAACCAAAGCCCUUCUUUUGGCCACCACUUUCCUCCUUGCUUGCUUCCAGAGUGCUUUUGCUGGGAGGAGGUGUUAAUCAGUGGCAUGGUAGUGAUAUAUUACUACCAAUUUUUUUAAAAAGCCAUCAAUGUCUGGGGUAAGGGGGGGAUGUGGGAAUGAGGUGAUAUGGAGGCAUAUAAAAUUGAUACGGAGGGAAAAUUGUGGUAGAUGUGGGCAGCAAGGUUUGGAAAUAUGUACCUUCCUGUGCACACUGAGGGCAAACCCACUUUGACUUCCACGUUUCUGGAAAGAUCAGAGGAAACCAGGUCCCAGAAACAUUUGAGCAAAACAGGGGAAACCAUGGAAGGAGAAGGGUUGGAAAACAACAUUGUGUGAAUGUUCUGAAAAUAAUGCUCCAGUUUAAAAGUCAGGGUGGAACAAAUGCUCCAUGUAAAAGCAUCGACAACUUAACUUGCAGCACAUCAAAGAGGAAACCAGGGGAGUAUAGAUUGUGCGAGCCAAAAGUCCGUCUUCACAAUCUGUCAUCACAUUAUGUCCAGCUAUGGUUUUGGUUUGGCAUUAUGUAAGAAUUGACCUUUCAUCCUGAUGACAGAUAUGUGGGGACCAAGUAUGCACCCUCACUAGUGAGGGAACGGCACUCUGUGCUAAUCCAACUGUAUUUUUAUCAGACAUUAUAUGUAACUCAUUAUUUCUGAGGAAUCUCACAGUUUGUGUAUCCCCUACCAUUAUUUCAGUAGUUUGCCAUCUGGUUUGUACUUUUAAUGAAAAAGUUUCUCAGCUCUGAGUAAGCAUGUAUCAGAAAAGAGUGCAGCUCAGUGGUAUCUUUUCCUGUGUCACUCUUAGGCAAUUCUGCAGUGAAGAACAUGCCUCCAUCCUUUUCCUCCCGAGAAAACCUGCAGCAUCCACUGCAGACUUAAAUUGGUCACCUCAGAAUUUAUCUUCUCUUUCUGUUGUGAUACAAACCCAAGGAUCUUCACCUCCAAGUGUACUCCUCCUGCCUCCUCCUGCAUUCAACUCUAAUUAGUUAUUUCUUGGUUAGCCUAGAACUGUAGAUUGUCAUUACAUCCAAGCCAGUGAACCAAACAAGGAUUGCAAAAUUGGAAACACAUCAUGGUUUGUAAUUCAUAUUUGUGGGGAAAGCACAAAUAUGAAUGUAACAACAAACUGUGGUUUGCCUCAAACCAAGCAUUAACGAAUUACAUGGCAGUGCCUGAGGAGACCAGGCAGAAGAGGAAUGAGUACACAAACCCAAGGAGCCCUUGUGAUUGUUGAAGUAGUGCCAGGCCAAGCUUUUGGGUUCCAAUGCCUCAUCCAAGGCCUUAAGUUGUUUUUAAAUUGUGCAUUCAAUAGAUACAUUUGAGAUUAUAACACAGACCUGCUGUUAUCAUCCUUAAAAACUUGUUGUUUGCCUCUGAUGUAAUUUUGCCAGGUUAUCUCCACAUUUGUAGCAUACUUGGAAAAUGCAUAGUGACAUUCUACAGAAAAUUAACCCUAGAUAGCCUAUAUCAAAUUUAGAGAAUUUGCGAAGAUUAUCAAUGUUAAAUAUAUCUAAUUAAAAUUAUCCUACCUUAUUUCUCCAAGACAAAAACAUUUUUAAUUAUUGCUAUCAAUAUUAAAUAUAGAUCUCAUUCAUACAGUGUAUGAGUAGGAUCAUUUAAUCAUUUGUCCACAUGGACCAUUUUUUAAAAAAAAACGUUUUCUUAUGUUAUAUUCAGUUGAGAAUAGACUCCAAUGUUCCCCCCCCCCCCCAGUAUAUCCAAAUAUCUGAUGUUUUAAGCUUAGAUAUUUAGGUACUUGUAUACCAAGGUGGUGUUGUAGUAAAGUGAGUUUUUUUCUUGCUAUAUAUUUAUUAAAAUGAUUUAAAAUCA